AUGGUGGCGAAGGUAGCCGGUGUCUGCCUCCUGGCCUUGUUGGCAUUCUGUUCGGCCUCAGUUCCAGGCAAAAGGACCCUAGUUUUAGUAGAUAACUGGUCACUGCGAGAAACGCAUUCUAUAUUCUUUAAAUCACUCAGAGAGUAUGGCUAUGAUUUGACAUUCAAGACAGCUGAUGAUGCCAGUUUGGCUUUGGUGAAAUAUGGCGAGUUUUUAUAUGACAGUCUGGUCUUAUUUUCACCCUCGGUUGAAGAGUUCGGCGGAUCUAUAGAUGUUGCAGCAAUCACUAGCUUUAUAGAUGGCGGAGGCAACGUUCUCAUUGCAGCUAGCUCCAACAUUGGCGACCCUGUUAGAGAGUUGGCUACUGAGUGUGGGGUGGAAUUUGAUGAGGAAGGCACUGCUGUCAUUGACCAUCUGAAUUAUGAUGUUGCAGAUGAGGGCAAGCACACACUGAUUGUAGCAGAUACUGAAAAUCUAUUGAAGGCCCCUUUGAUUGUAGGAGAUAAGAUUAACUCUCCCCUACUCUUCAGAGGUGUGGGAAUGGUGAGUGACCCAGAAAACCCCCUAGUGCUGAACGUCCUCCAUGCCUCUUCCACCGCCUACUCUUACAAGCCAGACGAGAAAAUUGAUGAGUUCCCGUUGGCUGUUGGGAGCAGCACACUACUCAUCGCCGCCCUGCAGGCCCGCAACAAUGCUCGUGUGGUGUUUGUUGGCUCUCUUGAUUUCUUUAGUGACCAGUUUUUCCAGGCCAGUGUUCAGAAGGCCAAUGGAGGCAAGAAGUUUGACCAGUCAGGCAACCAAGUUCUUGCUCUCAAUCUGGCUCGCUGGGCAUUCAAGGAUAAGGGUGUGCUGAGAGUGGGCAAGGUCUCCCACCACCUGGAGAAAGAGAGGGACACACCCCAAGCUUACACGGUCAUGCAGCAAGUGGAGUAUUCCAUCGUUAUUGAAGAGCUCAUCGAUGGCCAGUGGAAACCUUUUAAAGCCGAUGAUGUCCAGCUGGAGUUUGUCCGAAUUGAUCCCUUUGUCCGCACCACCUUGAAGCCCAAAGCAGAUGGAACAUUCACGGCCAACUUUAAGCUGCCUGAUGUGUAUGGUGUGUACCAGUUCAAGGUUGACUACAACAGGAUUGGCUACACACAUCUCUACAGUGCAACACAGGUGUCUGUACGGCCGCUGGAGCACACCCAGUAUGAACGUUUUAUUUUAUCAGCGUACCCCUACUACGCUAGUGCCUUUUCCAUGAUGGCCGGUGUCUUUAUUCUCAGUCUGGUGUUCCUGCACUACAAGGAGGAUGUCAAGGACAAGAAAGAGUGA